UCACAACUAACAGCAAGGCACUUGGCAGAAGGAUGCUGUCCCUUCUGCUCACCCUCUCCCUGCUGGUGAGGAGCACAGCAUCAGGCCCGAGCAGAGCGGAGCCUGUGGCAUCCAGGGAUGUCACCACAUUUUUCCAGCUGGCUCAGGAAGACUCUUGGGAGAACGUUAACCUCACCAGCAUGUCCUGCGAGGAUCAGAAGAACAGGACCUGGAUCACCCUGCAGCUGACCAGCAGCACCCUGACGACCUUCCCUGCCUGCCUACCAGAGGCCCUGGAGACCUUAGACCUCAGCAACAACCUCCUAGAAGAGGUGAACAGCACAGAGAUAGCAAGCCUGCCACGGCUGCGCAUCCUCUCGCUGAGGCAGAACCUUCUCCGGGUGGUCAGGUGGGGACCUGAUGCUCUCAGCAGUCUCCUUUUCCUGGACUUAAGCUUUAACAAGCUGUCGUCUGUGCCAUUGUGCCACGCUUCCUUCCUGCCCAGCCUGAGGUGGCUGUCCCUGGCUGGAAACCCACUGACUGAAAUCCAGCCGUUGGCUUUCUCCUGCUACCCUCAGCUACAGUUCCUAAACCUCUCCACAACUCUGCUCGGGCAGGACAACCGCAGGGGAAUUAGGGAGUCUGCUUUUGCCGUCAGCACAUCUCCCAGCGAGUCUACAAACAGGACUGGGAACACCAUCAACGUGCUUGAUCUGAGCGGGACCUUUCUGGAGAAAAUUCAACCAGAGUGGGCCAAAGACAUGCCCAACCUCAGAGCGCUUCACCUGACAAAGAUGUCCCGACUAAGAAGUCUCGAUACCGACCUCAGGUCCAUGCCUCAUCUCAGGGAGCUCAACUGUGACGACUCCCACUCCCUGGGUUUUGUAAGGACAGAGAUGUUUGAAAGCACACCUCAUCUGAGCCACCUCUCAUUUCAGAACUGUAACCUGAGUUCCUUUAAUCCUUGGAAUAUCACUUCAUCAGACAGCAUCACCAUCAACUUGCAUGGAAAUCCCCUGCUGUGUGACUGCAGGCUCUCCUGGCUGCUCUCCAAGCCCAAGAAAGUUGUGCUGCAAAGGGUUUCAGACACUUUUUGCAAUGUGUCCCAGGAAAAUUGGGACAGACCCUCCACAAUUUUUACACUGCAAGAGCUCUACGAUGAAUGCCAGUCUGAGAGAAACGUCACGCUGCCCGAUUCAAACACACCCUCCACCGAAGACGAAGCUUUCAGCUUUGCCAGCUACACCAGCACGGCCGCAGUAACGACAGGCUCUGCUCUGCUAACCAAAGACACUCACACCAGCUCCCUAACUCACAGGAAUGCACCGAGCACAACCGCAGCCAACCCAGCCGAGCUGCUGCUCAAAAAAGCCAGCAAUUCCUCCCGGGAGGACGAGGAAGUUUCUGAAGCCAUGAGCCAUCCCCCUUCCCCCACGCCAGCAACCACCUCCCCCGGUUUUCUCAGAGAGCUCCACAGCCGGGCCCCGGAUCGCAGCGCCAUGAGUCACGCUCAAACAGAUCAGCCUCAGAGGGAGCUCAGAAAAACUCAGGAGGCGUUUCCCCAGCAAGGCCCAUUCAGCCAGCCCACCAGUGAUUAUUCUUCUACAGCAAGGGAGGAUCCAGAUGCCGCUGACCAUUACAUUCACUCCUUUGCUGUGGAAAGAACCCCGCAGACAGAGCUGCGCCGGCUGAACUCCACACGGUCCGGCACUCACUCGGCAUCAGCAUCCACCAGGUCACUGAUACACUACGUGGACGACUACGAGUAUGAGGAGCAGACAACAGAACCCCUGCAACAGGUAUACACCUCGUGCGACUACAAUCCUUGCAGGCACCUUCAGAGACCGUGCAGCGAACUUCAGAGCAUAUCCCGAUGUUUGUGCCCUGGCAUGUCAAGGGAGGAUGAAAUCCCGGACCCUCCGAGGCUCAGAGAGGUGUCUGAAGUCACAGACAGCUCUGCACAGGUACACUGGUGCGCUCCAAAUUCAGUUGUUCGUACCUAUCAGCUGAUGCUUCACGACCAAGGCAACGAGGAGAGACGGCUCGUCCUGGACAAUAUUUAUGCCACAGCAAGACAGUACACCCUGUAUAACCUGCGACCGUACACCACUUACCACAUCUGUGUGACUGCUUCGAACAAAGCAGCAAGCCAGGUGACAAGUCAGGGAAUUGCAGGUAACUCGUGCACCAGAUUUCAAACGAAGCUCAGCUACAAGUCUGUCUUUGCUGCUCUGUCUGCAGCAAGCGGACUCUUUCUCAUUUCCACAAUCAUUUUGUCUGUUUGUCUGUGCAAGGCACAUAAAAAGCCUCACAGUGAGCAAUAUGGUACACACUUAGUCUCUUACAAGAACCCAGCGUUUGAUUACCCCUUAAAACUACAGACCACGAGUUAGCUCAAGGUGAUUGCUCUCCACCGAAGUUCACUGCCUCUAUCACUCUGGUACAUUUUCCUGAGAUCCUCAAAAUGUCCUUCAGCAAAACUAGGGAACACCAGACUUCAUAGCCCCUGUGCUUCCAAAGGAGGAACAAAAACAAAAGAAUUUAGCAAAAAAAAGAGCCUGUGGGUUCUUGUUCAUGUGCUAAGCAGCAGCAAACCUGGACACUACCCCUGAAGUUACUUUUAUAAUCACCUACAAACACACCAGCACACACUUCACGCAGUGAGACGUUGCCUUGCCAGCUGUCACGGAUACAGCCCAAGCAAAGCAAGAAUCUGUAACACAUUUCACCAAGCAAGACAGAUACUGCUUUUAUUCACAUCAGUGAAGUUGAAUUUACCAUUUCUCCUAACAUAAGUACAUAGGUAUUAUUCAAGAAGAGAACAUUCCUGGAAGGAACGUGAGAAAGAUCUCCUCAGGCUCGGUAGCAAGGUGCUGUGCACAUCCAGCUCCGGCAAAUAGCUCUGGUGCCUGCAGCUGCUCAGCUCUAACUCGGAUAAGGGAAAGAAAUGCAAAAAUUAAUUGCAAAGGGGAAGAAUGAGACACUGCAGGAUGAUUAAGGCAGGACGAUCCUUUCGUUCUGCCUUUACAUGCUGUCUUCCACAACCGAGGCUCCGGAGAGCUGCCACAACCCUGAGCCCAGGCAGCGAACAGGCGGUGAGGAGUUUGCGAUGCUGCAGUGCCCCCAAAGCGAGGGGAGCACAUCAGCACUUGCUUCAAAACUGAUUUUCAACACGAGAUUAUUGCUCGAUUCCAUCUGCACAUUCAGCAGGCUGACGAUUUACCUCACACAGAGGCAAAGAGCCAAGUAACGAAACCAUUUCGGGCACGUGUUGCUGAGACUUGAAAAAUGAAAUCCCAUCCACUAGCAACAGCAGAUAUUCAUGCAGACAUUUUUUUUUAAGUGUACUUACAGGUACUAACCUCUGCUACAAGAAUAGCAACAGAUGCUGAGAAUUCAGCAGCUUUGAGAUCUUUUCAUUUAAAAAAAUAAAAAAAAAAUCCAAGAGCUGUUUUUGUAAGACAAGGUGUUUGUCCUGAUCAAAUAUUUCUAACAGUCAGUGUUCAGAGACCCGUAGGUUUCUGUCCCAGGAGCCGCAUGUUUGUGCUGCUGUGUAGAUACCAUAUGUAAAAUCCCCCGAUUUCAGAGAACAAAGGCUGCUGUACAGUGCCAAAGAGUCUCUGUCCUGUCCAUAGGUUUUUAAUGCUCCCUGUAUUAAUGGAAAUAAAAGCUACAGACCGGUUCUUUGUUAA